AUCAUGUGGGAUCCAGUAUUUGCAUCUUCAUUAGCUGGAUAUGCGUCAUUUGCAUGCUGGGUCAUUGUGUUUGCACCACAAUUAUUUAUAAACUAUAAACGAAAGAAUGGAGACGGCUUGUCAAUGACAUUUCUAGUUAUCUGGCUUGCAGGGGACCUAUUUAAUCUGGCUGGCGUUGUUAUGCAGGAUUUGCUAGUAACCAUGUUUAUUUUGGCCUUGUGGUAUACUGUGGCCGAUAUGGGGCUUAUCUGGCAGGUAGUUCAUUACCGAAAGAUCAAUAAGCGACUACGAGAAGAAGUUGUGGUAGACACGGAUACUGACGAUCUUCAAACGUGUGGCUCACGAGAAGAGCGCAUGAGUACGGAGACAGACCCAUUGAUUGAACAGACAGGUUCAAUUUCUCGCUUUAUCGAGAGUUUAUCGAUUGAGGAAAAAGAAAUUUCAACUACAGUAUUGAACCUGGUUGGAGGUUCUUCUGUCAUAUUGUUGAUUCUAGGAUCGUGUUAUGCCUAUUAUUCCGUGCAUCUAAAGACGCCAAAAGAUCCCGAAGAUGGGAUGCCUGAACAAAUGUUGAGCGUCUUUCCACAAAUUCUGGGUUGGCUUAGUGCUAUAUUGUACGUUGGAAGUCGAAUCCCUCAGAUAAUUAAGAAUACGAAAAAGAAGAGCACAGAUGGAUUAAGUUUGGGAAUGUUUAUGUGUGCCGUAAUGGGGAACGUCUUUUUCACCUUGUCUAUAUUUCUGCGCUCUACCGAUCGACAUUACUUGCUUAUCAAUUUGCCAUGGAUCAUAGGAAGUUCUGGCACACUAGUAUUUGACUUUAUGGUAUGUACAUACGUGUGA